UCAACAAUUUUACGUAAGAACGUAGUUAUUUACGUAGGUAUUUUGUCAUAUUGCCUUAAGAAUAUAGAAGCACCCUCAUAAACAUGUAAUAUGUUGAAUAAAAAAUGAAUUGAAAUACUUGCGCCUAUUAUAACUCACUAUAGCGAACGGAUCAUCGGUUAUUGGCAUCAGUUAGAAUCAUUAUUUCAACAAUGGCAAGCGAGCGGUGGAAGGACGAUAUCGCAUAUGCGAUGACUCCUAUCAAAUUGAUUACUUGGCCCAUUGGCGUUUGGCCGCUGCAAGUCUAUAACUUUUAUUCGAUAUUACGCAGUAUCUUUGGUAUCUGUCUUUCGGGCAUAGUAAUGAUCUUACCUCCCAUUGAGGUAUACAUGGGCUGCACUAAUGCGGAAAAGAGUGUAGACUCUAUCAUGUUCACCUUUGCCGGAUUACUUGGUGUGCUGAAGACAAUAUGGUUCCGUAUCUAUGCAAACAAUUUAAUUAACAAUUAUAAAUCUGCUGUUAAGGAUUAUAUAGCAAUUAAGAAUGUAGAAGAACGUAUAAUUAUGCGAAAACAUGUUUUCAUGUCAAGGAUCGCUUCAUUUCCUCUGUUGUUUUGUUCUUAUUAUGCUGCAGUAGUUUUUACAUUAACAGCUCUUAUGAUGAAUCAUGAUGAAAGAAACGUAACGGAUGAAAACAUGAUGUUGGAAUAUCCAUUGCCAUCAAAAUGUACUCUGAAAUACUUUCAUGCUCCAACAAGCAUGUACAAAAUAUUUUUCAUCAUACAAUCUAUGUCACUAAUAAUAGUGUCUAAUUGCAAUAAAGGUAGCGACGCACUAUUUAUCAACAUUAUAUUACAUAUCUGUGGUCAAAUGAAAAUUCUAAGGUCUCAUUUCGCCAAUGUAGAUGCUACAAAUUCGCAAAUUUAUGAUCGUUUCAAGAAACUUAUACAGAGACAUAUUUACUUAAUAGAAAUGACAAGGAAACUUGUUGAUGUUAUGAGUUUUAUUUUAUUACUAGAACUCUUUAUUACUAGUAUAUGUUUAUGCGUAAUGGGAUUUCAGUUCAUUGUAGCAUUGAAAGAAAAGGAUGUAGUUAAAAUGGCACAAAGUUUAAUGGUGCAAAUUGUUUUUUUGGUCACUCUAUCAGUGUACAGUUUUAUCGGAAGAUAUCUAAAGUCCCAAAUGGAAGACAUAGGAUAUUCCAUUUAUCAAAUUGCUUGGUAUGAAUUUCCUAUGAAACUGACAAGGAAUCUAGUUUUCAUCUUUAUGCAAACAGAAGGUCCAGCCAUGCUUCAAGCUGGGAAUUUUAUUGUGUAUGUCAACUGCGAUGAUCUACAAUAUAAAGAAAAGAGUGAACGCGCUAUGUAUUUUCACUUUGGACAGACUGAAAUUAUAAUAUAUAACCGAAUAAAUGUUGAGAUGAAAUAAAAUGUAGUAAAUGCGUAUACAGCAAGAUGCACACAAUUUCUUGUAAUAUUUUACGCCAAAAAGGGAUGGUUGAGCGAUGGACGUCAAUUUCGAAACUUUGUCAUAUAAAUUUUUAUUCAAGGACAAUUUUACGUAAACGCGUAGUUUGUAUUUACAUUUCAUAAUGCCUUAGGAAUAUAAAAGCAGACUGAUAAACAUGUAUAUCUUUUAUGUUAAAUAAAAAAUAAAUCGAAAUAUAGUACUUGCACAUUAUGUCUAUAUAACAUCGGUUAUUUGUCUUUAGGAGCAUCGAGACAGUUUGAGAAGCACAAA